CCAUAUCAUAACUCUUCUUAUAUAUAUCUCAACAAAAAAAUUCCACACAAAAUUAAAUUCAAUACAAAUUACAUUGAGUUAGUUUUAUUGUGUGUAACAAAAUAUUAUGGCCUCAAAAAAGUUGAUUUGUGUGUUGUUACUUGUGGUGUUAUGUUUGUCUAAUUUUGGUAGUUGUAAAGAAAUUCAUGAUGAUGAAGUUGUUGAACAACAAAUUAGUAAAGAAAAUGAAAAUUCAGAGUCAUCAUCAUGGGCAGGAUGGGCUAAAGAUAAGAUUUCUGAAGGACUUGGUUUAAAAUCUAAUGAUAAUGAUGAUUCUAGUGUUAAACAUGCUUCUGAUUCAACUAUGGAUGCUGCUAAGAAUGCUAAAGAUAAGAUUACUGAUACUGCUUCAGGAACUGGACAAUACGUAGCAGACAAGACAGGAGAUCUGAAGAACGCCGCAGAAGAAGUGAAAAACAGAGCAUACCAAACUACCGAAGAAGCGAAAAACAAAGCAUACGAAACAGCAGAAACAGCAAAAGAAAAAGCAGCAGAGAAGUCAGAGGAAGCCUACUCAAAAGCAGGGGAAGCAAAAGAAAAAGCCUACUCAGAAGCUGAGAAGGCGAAACACAAAGCAGGGGAAGCAAAAGAAAAGGCUUGUUCAGAUGCUGAAAAGGCGAAACACACUACCUCCGAGAAAACACAAGAAGCUUACCACAAAACAGGGGAAGCAAAGGAAAAAGCCGCAGAGAAAACAGAGGAAGCGAUGGGGAAAAUGAAGGAAACGGGCGAAAAAGCGGAGGGGGAGGCGGAGGAACAUAUAAAUUGGGCGAAAGAAGGAUACGAAAGCGCGAAAAACAAAGCGGGAGAGACAUUGGAGAAAGCUAAAGAAAGUGUAGCUUCAAAUUUGGAAUCAGCUAAGGAGAAAGUAAAAGGGAAAAAAAGAGAUGAAGAGUUGUAAGCAAGUUAAAGUUGCGCGGACUCUUUACUUUGACUCUUUUACUUUCUUUACUUUCAAUGUCGUGUCAUAUCG